UUUAGUGUUCUUUCAAUCAUUUCUUGUGUUUUGUGGAUUUUUUGGCUUGCAUUUUACGUGGUUCUUUUAAUGUUUUUGUAUGUUCUUGGAAUGUGGGAGAAGAUGAAGGGUUUGGGGGUGUUGAAUUGGAUUCUGGGAGCGAUUUUUUUGCUGUGGUUAUGCGUAGGAAUGGAAUAAUUUUUUGUGGGUCGUUUGGAUGGCAGGAAAACGGAGGAAAAUGGGAGAAAAGUUGGAAUCUUGUAAUAUUUUCAAUAGUGAUUAUGAGUUAUUCAAUUUAAUUAAAGUCAGCCCAGUGAAAAAUUAUUUGGGAAUGAAAUCCCAACUGCCAUAAAACAGGGGAAGAAAAGAACUUAAAAGAGAAAAACGGGUUUAUUGGGUGGUGCCAUAGGUGGGUCGGUGCUCAUAGUGACAUAUGCUGCAGAAGCUGGUGGUGGUUCAUGGUGGUGUCAACUGCACUGGUGGUCAUGCUGGUUAAAAUGGGGGGUGGCAAUGGGGUUUGAAAGCAAUGGAAUCCACAAUAACUGAAAUUUUUGUAGAAUUUUUUUCUUUCUGUCUGAUUCUUAAAUGCAUAAUGCUUUGGGGAAACAUUUGUUUAAGCAAUUUCCUUUCAUUUCCUUCAUACUUUCCAGGAAUCAAAUAGAGCUGCAAUGCCUUCUUUGGGUGAUAAUAACGCUGUAGGGUAGCUAAAUAAUAAUUUUCUCUGUCAACCUGUGUGUAGGAUACAGCUUAAUUUUGUUAAGUGGAGCCCAAAUUCUGUUUUCAGUUACCAAACAGAAGGAAACUGUUUUAAUAUUGUUCUCUGAUUCUCAGAUGUUGUCUGAUAUUUAUCAUGGAGUUUACUUGCUUUGAGAAGAAAGAUGGUUGCAUUCGGGAAAAAGUUGAAAGCAAACCAAAUUCAAGAAUGGCAAGGGCACUACAUUAACUAUAAGUUAAUGAAGAAGAAAGUAAACAGAUAUGCUCAGCAAAUUGAGGUGGGAGCGCAAAACCGCCUUUAUGUGCUUAUGGAUUUUGCAAAAUUGCUGGAUAGUCAGAUUGAAAAGAUUGUUUUGUUUCUGUUGGAACAACAAGGGAUACUCGCAAGCAGAUUAUCCAAUCUCAGAGAACAGCAUAAUGCUCUUUCACAACAGCCAGAUGGAUUAAAAGUAUCUGAAGUAAAAGAAGCAUAUAGAGCAGUGGGGAGGGAUCUUUUACAGCUUCUCUUUUUUGUGGAAAUGAAUGCUAUUGGUCUGCGUAAGAUAUUGAAAAAGUUUGAUAAGCGCUUUGGCUACAAGUUUACAAACUACUAUGUUAAAACUCGUGCAAAUCAUCCUUACUCCUUGCUGCAACAAGUGUUCAAGCAUGUGGGUAUUGGGGCUGUAGUAGGAGCCAUAUCACGCAAUCUUGCAGAUCUUCAGGACCAUCAGGGGAGCUACAUAUCAAUUUAUGAUCAACCUGCUUCUUCACUUACGGAUCCUGUCAUUGAUUCUAUUAAUGCUGCUGUAGACAGGUUAACAAACUCAACGAAUUUCCUUCACUUUUUGGGAAAACAUGCGCUUAUUAUGCAAGAGGAGUUGCCGACUCCAUCUGAGGAUCAUGCUGCUGACCAGAGAUAUCAUUUUAUGUCUCUUCUCUUGAACUUGGCAAACACAUUUCUGUAUAUGGUCAACACAUAUAUUAUUGUCCCAACAGCAGAUAACUACUCUCUGAGCCUUGGAGCUGCAGCAACUGUUUGUGGCGUUGUGAUUGGGGCGAUGGCUGUUGCACAAGUGUUCUCUUCAGUAUAUUUUAGUGCAUGGUCAAAUAAAUCGUACAUGAGACCUCUAUUAUUUAGCAGUAUUGUUCUUCUUGUUGGAAAUGUCUUAUACGCACUAGCUUAUGAUCUUGACUCGAUAUCGGUUCUCAUUAUUGGUCGUCUAUUCUGUGGGUUAGGUUCUGCAAGAGCUGUCAACAGGCGCUAUAUCAGUGAUUGUGUUCCGCUUAAACUACGAAUGCAGGCUUCUGCAGGUUUUGUUAGUGCAAGUGCACUUGGAAUGGCAUGUGGUCCUGCUCUUGCAUGCUUAUUUCAAACCAAUUUUAAGAUUUACAAAAUCACAUUCAACGACAACACACUACCUGGUUGGUUUAUGGUGCUGGCAUGGCUUGUCUAUUUAUUGUGGUUGUGGAUUUCUUUCAGAGAGCCUUUUCAUGAGGCUAAAGAGAAUAUUGCGCCCCUGGAAGUUAAUGCUGCCUUAUUAGUAAAUGAGGCUGUGGAGAGUGGCUUGACACAACCAUUGCUGUUGAACUCAAAAGCUAAAGAGGAAGAUGAAGACCAAGAAUGCGAUGGUGCUGAAGAAGAUUCUAAUGAAAUUCAAAAACCUGUCACUUCUCUUGUAUUGGCAUAUAGAUUACUUACACCAUCUGUAAAGGUUCAAUUAUAUAUUUAUUUUAUGCUCAAAUAUGCUAUGGAGGUUCUGCUUGCUGGAUCAAGUGUCAUCACCACAUACUACUUUGUUUGGUCAACCAGACAUGUGGCAAUUUUUCUUGCAUGUCUUGGCCUAACAGUGCUCCCAGUAAACAUGGUUGUUGGGAGCUACAUCAGCAACAUGUUUGAAGAAAGGCAAGUUUUACUGGCAUCUGAAAUUAUGGUAUGCAUAGGAACACUCCUAAGCUUCAAUGUAGUUAUCCCUUACUCAGUGCUGCAGUAUGUUGGCUCAGGACUCAUCACAUUCGUGUCUGCUGAAGUUCUUGAGGGUGUGAACCUAUCACUCCUAUCAAGGGUCAUGUCUUCAAGGCUUUCUCAAGGAACCUACAAUGGUGGACUGCUUUCAACAGAGGCUGGAACCUUGGCUCGAGUAGUUGCAGAUGGCACAAUAACCCUUGCUGGGUACUUGGGUGAGGGUAUGGUCUUGAAUGUCACCUUACUGACUUCACUCUUCAUCUGUAUCUCUUCCAUUAUCGCCACCUGCUUCACCUACAACACACUCUACUGAUGCUUUGCUAUCGGUAUUCCUCCCCUCAUGUAUCAUCCUGUAUAGUAUAGAACCAAUUAGCUAGCUCUCUGGUCAAUACCCAGUACCCACAACAUACUGUAAUGUAAUUUUCCAGCUAAAGAUUUUAUAUCAAUAAAUUCCACUUGAUGUUGCAGUC